ACUUAAUCUGUGUUUUUUAUUUAUAUUUUGAGACACGAGAACUUCUUUCAUUGUAAUCUUGUUAAAAUACAUUUUUAAACAUAAACAAAUGCAGUGUUGUGUGCCUUUCUGUAUAAAUACUUUGAUAUUAAGGGAGGGAAUCACUUUUCACAGAUUACAAUCCGACUUAAUAUGAUAAAGCAAGCAUUAACACAGUUAAACUAUGGUUUUAGGUCAACAACAUUCAACACUGACUUGAACAUAUAUCAUAACGAAGAUAAACUAAGGAAACAAACAAAAGUAUAGUAAUCUUUAAUACUUGUCAAAAAAGGAGAAAAUUUUGACUCAGUAUCAAUUGUUAACAACAUUAAUGAUGAAUGAAAACUAUUGCACAGAUAAUAUUCAACAUGACAACUUUAUUCUUAACAAAAACAAACAUACAAAAACACGACAAAUUAAUAAAACAAAUGUUGGUGCAGUCGUAAAAAAGGAAGAUACUUUUGACUCUGUAUCAACUGUCAAUAAUGCUGAAUUUACAAAUGAAGAAGACAAUUGCUCAGAUAACUUUGUAUUUGAAGAAAAUAGAAUAAUUGUAGAAAUAAAACCAUUUAAAGAAGAGUUAAAUGUUCAUAAUAAAGAAGGAGAAGCAUCUGCUUCAGAAGUCGUCAUAACACAGAAUCACAUAAAGAAAGAACAUACUGAGUCAGAAGAAAUUGUUGGAACACAGAAUCACAAAAAUGUAGAAAGUGUUCUUGCUUCAGAAAAAGUGCAUGAAACACAGAAUAAUGUUAAGCUAGAAACUGCUUCGGAAGAAGUAAUUAGAACACAAAAUCACAAAAAGGUAGAAAGUGUUACUAGUUCAGAAAAAGUGUAUAAAACACAGAAUCAUGUUAAGGUAGAAACUGCUUCAGAAGAAGUAAUUAAGACACAAAAUCACAAAAAGAUAGAAAGUGUUGCUAGUUCAGAAAAAGUGCAUGAACCACAGAAUCACGUUAAGGUAGAAACUGCUUCGGAAGAAGUUAUUAGAACACAGAAUCACAAAAAGAUAGAAAGUGUUACUAGUUCAGAAAAAGUGUAUGCAACACAGAAUUACAUAAAGAUAGAAAGUGUUACUUUCACAUGCACAUAUUGUAGUGAGGAAUUUUUGCAAGAGAAUGCAUACAAUGAGCAUAUAAACAUGCAUCUCAAAGAUGAACUUCCCACUCCGAGAACACAGAGGAUGAAUGCUGACUUUUCAUCCACACAUUUAUAUCAGGCAGGUGCUCCGCUUUCUGAUAAUACAGAGCAAACAACUACUAAAGCUGGUACAAUUCAGGCAAGCAAAGAAUCCAUUCAUAAUGGCAAAGUCCCAAAACUGUCAUCCAAAAGUAAUAAAGCAUACAAUAUAAAUAAACCAAGUAUUUCCAAGAAACCAUCCAGAAAUUUCAAGAAACCUAAAAUAGCAGUCACUCCACAUAGUAAAGAAGUAGUAGAAAAGCCAAAAAAGUAUUCUUGUGAGUCAUGCAAUUACAAAUGUACACGACUAAGUCAUUUAACAGAACACAAGAGGACUCACACUGGAGAGAAACCCUUUGCAUGUGAUAAAUGCAAUCACAGAAGCGCAAGACAAAGUCAAUUGGUCGUGCACAUGAAAACACAUACGAAUGACAAGCCUUAUUUUUGUGAAUUAUGCGACUACAGAAGUGCGGUUAAAGUCAGUUUGAUGAACCACAUGAUUGGUCAUUCCGGUCAUAAGCCAUUUGCUUGUGAAAUUUGCGAUUAUAAAACAACGAUAAACGGCAACCUAACGAAACACAUAGCAAAUAAUCAUACAAAUGAAAAGCCGUUCUCAUGUGAGUUAUGUGAUUAUAAAUGUGCACAACAAGCAGCAUUGCGGCAACACAUUAAAAGCCAUUCAAGUGAACAGCCGUUUACUUGUCAUGUGUGUGAAUACAAAAGCUUGUAUAAAAGCCGUCUGACCAGACAUUUAAAAAUGCAUUCCGGUGAGAAACCAUACUCUUGUCAGACAUGUGACUAUAAAUGUAUACUAAAAUACCAGUUGGUAAUGCACGAGCGAACGCAUUCCGGUGUCAAACCUUAUUCAUGUGAAAUAUGUGACUAUAAAGGUACACAGAAAAGUAAUUUGAUUGUACACAUGAAAACUCAUACUGGUGAUAAGCCAUACUCAUGUGAGAUAUGUGAUUAUAAAUGUUCGUUGAAAAACAGUUUGGUCAGGCAUAUGAGGACCCACACUGGUGAAAAGCCCUAUUCUUGUACGAUGUGCGAGUACAAAACUGCACUACAGAGUAAUUUAGCUAGACAUGUAAAAUAUCAUAGUCGUGAGAAUUCUAUUUAGUGUGAUUAGUUAUAGCUUUAGUAUAAUUAUGUAUUUAUUUGUAUAUACUAAUAUAAAGAGGUAAUAAUAAAAUAAAUGUUGUAAAUUU